AUGAAGCACGGAUACUAUCCAAUCGAGACGCUUCCGUCGUGGAUAAAGCUCAACGGGGUCUCCGUCAAUGGUAUCGCUUUCCGCAAAUUGCAAGCAGAUGAUGGCACCGACAAGGGGUCUGCAAUUAUUGCAACCGAGGUAAAAGCCAGUGGAAAUGCAGCGAGCGACGCGGUAGAGUCGGAGGUACUUCUACGAGUACCAUCUGACUUGGUCCUGUCAUUUGAUUUUGUUGAAGAAUACUCCAAAUCGGAUAGACAGCUCCGUGAGGUAUUAGAAGUUGUCGGGGACUUUGGAAGAACAGCCAGAGGCGCCAUAUUAAUCUUCCUUCUCGUGCAACUCACCCACUCUAGCCCGGACUAUGCGCAUGAGCGCCACCAGAUUGGACUAUCGAGCCCUUGGACCGAAUAUAUGAAGUAUAUGCCGUCUUCUAUACCUUUGCCUACAUUCUACAGUGAAGAGGAGUUAGAGCUCUUGCGCGGCUCCUCGUUGAGGUUGGCUGUGCAUGCGAAGAUUGCCUCGCUGGAGAAAGAAUUCGAACACCUGCGUCAGAGCACAGAGGGUUUGGACUGGUGUGAAAAGUAUUGGUGGGAUGAGGAUACGGGGAGACUGGCGUUCAACGAUUGGAAAUAUGUCGAUGCGCUGUACCGGUCACGCAUGGUAGAUCUGCCUCGGCAUGGUCAUGCAAUGGUUCCGUGUAUCGAUAUGGCAAACCAUGCUCCUGAGGGCACGGUCAAGGCGUUGUAUGACGAGGAUGCCGAUGGGAAUGCUGUGUUGCAGUUGCGGGAUGGACGGAGCUUGCGGGCUGAUGAGGAGGUCACAAUCUCGUAUGGUGAUGAGAAGUCUGCUUCAGAAAUGAUUUUCUCAUAUGGAUUCCUCGACGAGCAUACCACGGACGCUAAGCAGAUCUUCCUUGACUUGGACAUCCCAGAUGAUGAUCCGUUAAAGAUAGCAAAGAAAGCAUUUUGCAAAGAUACACCCGGAGUCAAGAUAUCUACUUCCUCUAGCGGCUCAGAAACAGCCGCAACAACAACCUGGGACAGCCCCAUCAUCUGGUGGGCAUGCGUGAACGAGGAAGACGGGCUGGACUUCAACGUCCUUCAGACCACUGAUGGCGGCAGGGAACUUAAAGCUACCUGGAACGGGCAGGAAGUGAGGGACGCAAGCUGUCUCAGGGAUCUGCUAGCUGCAGAUCCCCAAUGGGACAUCUACCAGCUUCGUGCAGUGGUGCUCAUCCUUGAGCGACUGGAGACCCAAUUCUUCGUCCUCCGCCAAACCGACAUGAUGAUUAGCGAGAUCCGCGAGAACGAAGACAUGCGUGCUAUUUUCGAACCAUUUGUGUUUCAGACAGUCCUGAGGUUACGAGAGCUGGAAUCCAAGCUUAUGGAACGGGCGAUCGAGGACCUCGUUAACCAGCGGGAAACUCUCAUGUCAAGCCCCGCAGUCAACGCCUACCUUACCCAACAAUCAGGGGACAUCGAGGAGGAUUUCUCUUGA